GACCAGAGUGCCUCAGGACUGAGUCGUGACAGCUGUGUUUCAAAACGACGACUUGCAGGAGCAAGAUGCGAGGCGUAUCCACACAUUACCAGCUUACAACCCAACUGCAAGGCUGUUUGGAAAGCAACCCACUUGGAACCUUCUGCAGUCCUUCUGAAGGAAUACCACAAACAAUGUCUGGGCCCCACUCUCCCGCCUUCUUCCACAUGGUCCUCUCUCUUCCUCUGUCACAUGCAUAUGCAUGCGAGCGAACAUUUGAAAUUCCCAAAAAGCCACGGCGCGAAAGGGUUGCCUCCCAAUUCAUUCGUAUACCCCAGGACCAGGCCCUCGCCCUCUGUUCAUUCGGAACCGCCCGCUUAUCGUAUCGUAUCGUUCUGCUUCUUUAGAAAGUGGCCCCCCCGCUUACGACUUACUACUCUCAGCUUUUACUCUUUUGAGGAGACUGAUAUGCUGUCGCAACGGUUAGGGCUUAUCACGUCGAACUGUAAACCCCAAAGCGGGAUGGAUUGCACGUAUUCGUUGAUUAGACUCUUGGGGCUGUAUACGACGUGUAGAAUACCGUGCAGCAUCUAUCGAAUCUCGAUCGUUUUUUCCUACCGAAGUUUGCACGCAGCUUCC